AUGGUCCAUCACCAGGAUGUCCCGGCUGGCCCGAGCCACCUAUCACUAGUCAAUCUAACUGAGGACUUUUGCUCUGCAUGUGAGCUGGUCAAGGACCUGCCCAGUGGCAAUGGAGAAGACGAUUGGAACAACUUCGAAGGCCUUUGGCAGCAAGUCCAAGCUCGACCCUUUGAGGAUGUACGCAACAUGAUUUUCGAACAUGCGUCGAUAGAGCUGAUAAACUCUCCGCUCUUCGAGAUUCUGUUCGAGAUCGAGCAUGAGGUCGCUCCGCCGAAGACCUUUGCUUCUGCGAGGCUUGGACCGCUGUCUGAGCAUUCCAUAAUAAUGAUGCAGUUUGUGCGCAUCCAACCCAGUUUCACUGCAAAAGAUUUCCUUAGUCUCUGCGUGAUACUCGACACCGACUUUCUAAAGCACAUGGAAUUUGGCCACCACCCUCUGACGUCCAAAUUCAUGCGCAUGCUCAGCUUGUUACACAAUAAGAAAGUCAAUGUCUUGGAUUUUCUCUCCACCGAGGAUACCGAUGCACUGCUCGAGACUUGCCCUCUGUUUAGAGUCCUUAUACACACUCUCUCGGCCUCUGCCUGCCAUGUCCUUAUCAAGCUGGGCGAGGUCGAGCCGGCGCUACUCCGCUUGAAAACACCUCAGGGCUUCCACUCACAGGGCGAAUCCAUCCAUGCCCCACCUUAUCCUCCCGAUGAGCGCUAUGACCUCAAGUACGACUACGCGCAAUUUCUUCAAUGUCUGCAAAAUGCAGAAGACCACAUUGACCAAUUUCAAUUCGACGGAGCUCAGGAUUAUGGACAUUCGAGCUUCGACAUCCUGCACCGUCGGCUUCACGAGAUGGUGGGACGAGUCACUGUGGCAGAGUUCAUGGCCGGUCGUGAACCUACAGAAGGCACUCCGGGCGCCAUCAUCUACAAUCACCUCAUCGACGCUUGCAAUCCCCAGUUGGACUGCAUUUUGUUUUUCGCCAACAUUGCCAGCGAUGGCGAUGGCGAGGCGUUUCUGGAAAAUGCAUGGCAACCACUAGCACAAAACCCUGGUAUCAUCAGCCGACCCGAAGCUACCACGUUGGUCGACAAACUGAAAAAGGUCGAUCUCGCAGACAUUGCGCGCGAGAACAUGAAGUGCAUGCAUUGCUGGGGUCAGUUCGAUGAAGUUGAGGAAGGCGUAGAUAAUCUUCCUGUUCAGCUUCCUUGUGACUCGCGACAUAUGCUGGGUCGAGACUGCCUAAUUGAUAUCCUUGUCAAGACAGGCCCGCUAUGUCCAUUGUGUCGAGUGGAUAUUGUAGCUCUGAGCGCUCGGUGA